UACACGCCCUUUCUCUGCCCGAGAGGGCAGGAGACUUCCUGGUUGGAUGGAUCCGAUUUGUUGUCUUCCUGUUUCCGCAGAGCUCUCUGGAUAUUACCGAGUAGGGAAGCACCGGGGCGAAAUCGGGUUUUAACAGCGUGUUACUUUUCUGUAUAGAGAUAACAACUUAACAAACAGCAGUGUGGAGCAGAGGCGGCAGUGAGGGCGGCAGCCUUUAGCAACAGCUGUGCGGGCGGCAGACGCGUUAGCUCGGACUGAGCUAGCAAAACGCCGACCCCGGGUUGGCGUCUUUUCAUUCUCCGAAAAAGCUUGAAACUAGCAGAGAGCCACAAGAAAGGAAUAAAGGAAGCCGGGGAAACCAAGAGUAUGAGAUCGGAGCCACGGGGGCUGUAGGAUGAAGAGCCCGGCGCACCGCACUAGAGACAUCGAGCGGCAAGCCGGAUACCUGAAGCCCGAGCAUUGCGCCCCCCCUCCUCCCCGCGGCAGCUCAGGCACCAUGUGGUUUAUCCGCGACGGCUGCGGCAUCGCCUGCGGCAUCAUCACCUGGUUCCUGGUCUUCUACGCAGAGUUCGUGGUGGUGUUCGUCCUGCUCCUGCCAGCCAAAAGCGUGGCCUACAGCCUCUUUAACGGGGUGCUCUUUAACGGCCUCGCCUUCCUCGCCCUCGCCUCGCACGCCAAGGCGAUGUGCACAGACCCGGGAGCUGUGCCCAAAGGGAACGCAACCAAAGAAUUCAUCGAAAGUCUGCAGCUCAAACCGGGACAGGUGGUGUACAAGUGUCCAAAGUGCUGCAGCAUCAAGCCGGACCGAGCUCACCACUGCAGUGUGUGUAAACGCUGCAUCAAAAAGAUGGACCACCACUGUCCCUGGGUGAACAACUGUGUCGGAGAGAACAACCAGAAAUACUUUGUGCUCUUUACAAUGUACAUUGCACUAAUAUCCUUCCACGCAUUACUCAUGGCUGCCUUCCACUUUGUUUUCUGCUUUGAAGAAGACUGGGCAAAGUGCAGCAACUUUUCACCACCAGCAACAGUCAUCCUCCUCAUCCUCCUCUGCUUUGAGGGUCUGCUCUUCCUGAUCUUCACUGCAGUCAUGUUUGGGACUCAGGUCCACUCCAUCUGUACCGAUGAGACGGGCAUCGAGCAGCUAAAGAAGGAGGAGAGAAGAUGGGCCAAAAAGUCCAAAUGGAUGAACCUAAAGGUGGUGUUCGGCCACCCCUUCUCUAUAGCCUGGCUCAGCCCGUUUGCGAAGCCGGACCACGGCAAGGCCGACAUGUACCAGUACAUUGUGUGAAAGCUGGAAACUGAAAGCACCCGUGAUCUGGACAUGAACUCAUUUUAGGCGACUCGUUUUCUCUCCUUUCUGAAUUAUGGGGAUUUUUUUUUUUUUUUUUUUUUUGAAGUUUGGAUAUUCUCCGGUGUUUUGUUGUGAACUCUCAGUUUCUUUCAUGUUAACUUUGUUUUUACUGUUUCCCUCUUGGUGCUGAAUGAGAUUAUUGAGAUUUAUAGGCAUGAAGAAGCUGCACCGUGAACAAGAACCAGCUGAAAGAUGGGAACCAACCUGGCGUUAGAAAAAAUGCCCCCAGAAGACUGAGCUCUGUUGUCUGCAGUAUGUCGGAUCAUUUCCUUCUUUCUUAGAUUCAAAUCGUGUGAACUGAUGACCAGCAUGACCCAGGUAUGGAGAUGGACUCCUGGAUUUGUCUUCCUGUAAAUAAUCUCACAAUCCUCUCUCUUAAUUUGCUGUUUUAGUGUCUUUGCGAUAAUCUACUCCUGAAUGCUGCAGAUGAUUUGCCUUAGAACGCUCCCCUUAGCAAGCGGCACAUCUGAUGUUCCUAUUUAUUGCCUUAAUGCGACACUGCGGGUGGUCACUGGUUUACAUUAUUUUUGAAGGGAGAAAGUAGCCUUAUUCAGAGGCUGGAUUUGUUCAGGAAUGUCUUUUUAAGAGGAAGUUUGAUGCAUGUUUUCCCAUUUUGUUCCCUACAGAAAACUCCACCUCCUUUUUAGAAUGCCAUAAAAGUAGAACAAAUCACAUAUGAUUAUAUGAAGAUUUUGGUUUAUUUUUAUUUGUAAAACAUGCAAGCAAUCUUCUUAAAGCGGAAGCAAUAACCCAACAUUUGUUGGUUUGAGUUAUAAUCCUUCAUAUCACAGCACGGUUUGAUUCUCCCACACGUCAAGCACUGAAGUGAUGCUAUUUUUUUAUGAGCAGCAUCCUCCAGAUUUAUUGGCACACCCAGUGAAGAUGCAUCUGUAAAAUAAAUUUGUCUUCCCACUGUAGCUGAAUAUCCCACUAAACGGUUUCCUUUAGUUUCUAACAAACAGCUUCUGAGAUUUUUUUUGUUUUUUUGUUUUUUAACCUCUCAGCACUAUCUUCCCCUGUUGUGUGAAAAAAGUUGUUUUAAAUUUUCUAAUCAUUGCUCUGACUAUAGAUAAUAUGUGCAAGUUUAUAAGUUUGAACAAAUUUGCCUUUUAUUUAAACGGCACAUUCUCUUGUCUGUCACAUUUUUAAAAGAAACAUGACUAAUUGAUAAAGACAUUCUGUUGCUGGUAGUAUUUCAUAGAUUUUUCUAGGAUUCUCUUUACCCACUGAAUAAAUAAAUGUACUCAAACUAAAGUUUUUAAUAUAUAUAUAUAUAUAUAUAUAUAUAUAUAUAUAUAUAUAUAUAUAUAUAUAUAUAUAUAUAUAUAUAUAUAUAUAUAUAUAUAUAUAUAUAUAUAUAUAUAUAUUAAAACUCUUUACAAACCUUUACAUGGGCUGCCAAUAAAUGUAGAGGGUGCUACAGCUCUGCAAAAAAAAAAACUUUUAGCAGUUAUAGAUAUGUUUGGGUAAAAUUAAGUUUUGCAUGUGAUUGCUUGUUUUAUUUUGCUUAUUGCCUCCAUGGUGUUGGAGCUUUAGAUACAGUUAGAGAGAAAAAGCGUCUUUAAAUAGCUGAAAAGAUUCCCAGCUGUAAAGCUCCUGGUAGACAUCCAAAAUCAGAGGUGAGGUAAAUCUGUUCUUGGCACUUAGCAAUAAAAUCCCGUUUGUAUUUAGUCCAACAUGUUCAGAGGAAAUCUUGAAUUAAGAAGGUUUUUUUUUCCCCACCCAAGACUGAAAGAAGCGCAACCUGCAUAAAAAUACUCAAAAAUACCGACUUGUCUUGCAUCAACGUGUCAUAUCUCACUACUUUUAGGACAUUCUAACAUUAGUACGGGUCCAACAUGAUGCGUUGGAGAUGAACAUUACCAUGAUCAGGCGUGGAUGUCACCGGUUCUGUGUGGAAACGGAUCUUAUGAUUUGUGAAUCCACGCAAUAAAAAUGCUGAUAUUUGUUGAAACGAAAGUUAAACUACAUGUCUUUUCCAAUCAGACGUAUGAAUAAGUUGAAUAAGUCUUGAGUAUCGUUGCUUACAAAAACAAGAAAAGCAAUAGUGGAGUUUAUUUGUAGCACCUGUAACAUUUUUAAAUGAGGUAUUUUGUAGAUUUUAGUCUUUGCAACAAUGUUGACUUCACUUGUUCAGAUGGCAGAUUAAACCAGCAUCCUUUUAUGAUCCGCUUGGCCUCUUCAAACCCCUCACCAGCUGUUGUGGAGAAUGCAGUUUGUCAUUGUAGUUGGUCGUUAGCCUGAAUGAAACCAAAAAGUGAAAUCUUACAGGUUCAAAUGUUGAGUCACAUUUAGAUGAGUUAAGGCCUGAAAGAACAGAAAGGCUUGCUUUGAGUGUCAAGGGACGAUAAUGUGGAGAGGAAAAUGAACACUUUGGAGUAUUUAACACUAAAAAUGCCUUUGCCUGUGUGUUUUUAAGCCUUACUGUAUUUAAAGACAUCUAAAUGCACAUAAAAGGAAAUCUAUGAGUGUACAUGUUGCCAAAUUGAGUCUUGAGACUCUGACUUAAAUAUUUCAAGAUUAAAAGGUUGUGACUGUCAUAUAAAGGCGUUUAAAUUGUUUUUAUUUUUAUAAUUGUCACAUUAUAUUGGAGAUAUUACAAGUUUACAGGUUUUCUCUUUUUUUUUUUUUCCUCCAAACUCCUCUGUAUGUUUCUCUGUUUUCAGGUUUUAAUUUUGCUUUCUUUGUGGUUUUCUUGUUGACUGUGAUGUUUUAAAGGGGAAAGUCAAUAAAACAAACUUCAAAUGAUAUAAGAUCUAUUUCUGUAAUGGAAAAUGUAUUUAAACUGUUUUGUUUUAGGGUUCAGUAUGAAAAAAAAACACAUUAAGUUACAGUAUUGCUGAAUAGUCAUUAAAGAAUUAAUCCCU